AUGGUCGGAUCUGAAUAUGGAUCAAUCAAUUUUCUUAGAAAUUACGCCACAUCAGCAAAAGAUGAAAAACCGCUCGACCCUAAAGAAAAAGCUCGGCGUAUUAUUGACUCACUCCCAGGCAAUAGCCUCAUCACAAAAACCGGGUAUUUCACCGUGGGUGCAGGCCUUCUGACAUUUGCCAUUUCAAAAGAAAUAUAUGUGCUCAAUGAGGAAACUUUAGUUGUGAUAGCAUUCAUAGGAUUAUGUGCGGGUAUCGUCAAGUAUGGCAAGACGCCUUUGGUCGAGUACUUUACGGAAAGAGGAAAUCGUAUCAAUAAACUUUUGCAAAAUGCUCGUGAAGGACACAAGGUUGUUGUCAAAGAUAGAAUUGAUUCUGUCUCACAAUUGGGUGAUAUUGUUGAUGUGACAAAAGGAUUGUUUGCACUUUCUAGAGAAACCGCUAAGUUAGAAGCUGAAGCUUUUGAACUAAAACAAAAAGUGGAGGUUACUGCGGAAAUCAAGGCAGUACUAGAUUCUUGGGUUCGUUACGAGGCUGCAGUGCGUGCUCGUGAACAACGUGCUCUCGCUAAUACUGUUAUUGAAAAAGUCAAGCAGAAUUUGCAAGAUCAGAAAAUGCAACAACAAAUUUUGGAAGAAUCAGUGCAAGAAGUUGAGAGUAAGCAUAAAUAUAUUGCUUAA